AUGUCUUCAAUGAAUAAUUGGUUGGGAUUCUCUCUCUCUCCUCAAGAACUCCAAGAUCAGCAACACCCUAAUCAUCAAAGCUUAGGUUUCAACUCAGAUGAAAUCUCAAACACACAGAUUUCUAAUGAAUCAUGCUUUGAUUCUGCCAUUCCCUCUCUAAACCUACCUGCUCCACACUUUGGCAUUCUUGAAGCUUUCAAUGGAAACCCUCACUCUCAAGAUUGGAACAUGAAUGAUAUGAACAUGAACACAUUCUCAUGCAGCAGCCAGAAUCUUGAGGAUGAAAACAGGCCAAAACUAGAAAAUUUUCUUGGUGUGAAUCACCAAGAACACAAAUAUCAGCUCACUAUGUAUCAAGAUUCUGAGGCCUCAGCUUCAAACAAUGGUCUGCCCAUGAUCACAAACUGGCUCACAAACAGCCCUGCGCCGCCGCAUGCGGCAGAGAGUAGCGAGGCGGCGGCGCCAGCAGCUGCCGCACAGACGCUGUCGCUUUCGAUGAGCACAGGCUCCCAAUCCAGCUCACCUCUCCCAUCUGAUAACAAACUGGGAAAUGCGGCUGCCGAGGGAGGCGCCGCCAUUGAGCCUGUGCCUAGGAGAUCUAUUGACACAUUUGGACAAAGAACUUCGAUCUACCGAGGUGUGACGAGGCAUAGAUGGACAGGGAGAUAUGAAGCACAUUUGUGGGAUAAUAGUUGCAGAAGAGAGGGACAAAGCCGGAAAGGAAGGCAAGUCUACUUAGGAGGUUAUGAUAAGGAAGAUAAAGCUGCUAGAGCUUAUGAUUUAGCAGCACUUAAAUACUGGGGCACUACCACUACUACAAAUUUUCCUAUUAGUAACUAUGAGAAGGAAAUUGAGGACAUGAAGAAUAUGACAAGGCAGGAAUUUGUGGCAUCAAUUAGAAGAAAAAGCAGUGGAUUCUCUCGUGGUGCAUCCAUUUAUAGAGGAGUUACAAGACAUCAUCAGCAUGGGAGAUGGCAAGCAAGAAUAGGCAGAGUUGCAGGCAACAAAGAUCUCUACUUGGGCACUUUCAGCACGGAGGAGGAAGCUGCAGAGGCGUACGACAUCGCGGCGAUCAAAUUCCGCGGCCUGAACGCGGUCACAAACUUUGAAAUAAACCGGUACGACGUGAAGAGCAUACUCGAGAGCAGCACUCAUCCUAUCCGAGGCGCAGCGAAGCGCCUCAAGGACGCUGAGAACGCAGAAAUGGCUCAGGACCUGCACCGUGCCAGCGAGGCGAACUUGAGCCUGCACCUCACUGAGGGGCAGAUGAGCGGGUUCGGGAGCAGCAGCAGCAACGCUCAUGGAUGGCCGACUGUGGCGUUCCAGCAGGCUCAGCCGUUGAGCAUGUACCCUUACGGUCAUCAGAUGCUGUGGUGCAAGCAGGAGCACGAUCCUUACGUUGGUCAAGCCUACAACGAGAUCAACCAUCAGCUUCAAUUGGGGAUUAACCCGCAGAAUUUCUUGCAGCCGUCUUCCCUGCACAAUAUAAUGGGGCUAGAUUCCUCCAACAUUGAGCACAGCUCAGGUUCUAACAGCGCUGUGUAUGGUAACAGCGGAGGUGCUGACGGGAGCAUGGUGCCAACGAUGGGGGCUAUGGUUGUUCAAGAUGGGGACCAGAGUCUUGAUUAUGAGAGCAUGUUUGGAUCAGCAGAUGCAUAUCAGCAGGCAAGAAACCUCUACUACCACUCUCAGCAAUCGUCAUCAAAUCUUGCAAAGGCAACCAAUAAUCUCUAUGAUCAAGGCUCGACUUCCACUAACUGGAUCCCAACUGCUGUCCCAACUGGCUCCGCCAGUGCAAGGGCGAACAACUCGCCCGAGAAUCAAGGAGCCUCGACUUUAACAGUGUGGAACGACACAUGAAGUGAGCUUCUUCUGCAAGAGUUUUUCUUGCACCAGAAAUGUGUUCCUCUUAUCAGAUCAUAUAUGUAUACAUAUAUCGAUCCUCCACAUAUGUCGUUUUCGUUGUAGGUUUGCUGCUUGAACCAAGCAGAUUACAAUAGGGCAUUAGGGCUGGAGUUCAUCAAUAGCCAUAUUAUGGCUAUGAAUUUUGGGAACUCCGGUUGAAUUUAGUCCUGUCAAAGUAAU